AUGACCAGAAGAAACCACUCUUCACCGACCGAGUUCAUCCUGUUGGGAUUAGUAGACACGAUGGAGCUACAGAUGGUCCUCUUUUUGCUUUUUCUGGUGAUUUACACACUUACAGUUCUGGGGAAUGUUGGGAUGAUCCUCUUAAUCAGGACUAAUUCCCGACUUCACACACCCAUGUAUUUCUUCCUGGCUAACCUGUCCUUUGUGGAUGUUAGUUACUCUUCCACCAUCACCCCUAAGAUGCUGGUGGACAUGUUAUCAGAGGAGAAAACCAUCUCCUUUGCUGGCUGCUUUCUGCAACUCUACUUUUUCAUCACCAUGGCCACAACUGAGUGCAUCCUGUUCGGGUUAAUGGCUUAUGACCGUUAUGUGGCCAUAUGCAACCCUCUACUUUACUCCCUGGUCAUGUCCAGGACUGUCUGCCUCAAAAUGGCAGCAGGGGCUUUUACAGCAGGAUUCUUGAACUCCAUGGUUAACACAAGUUAUGUGAGCAGCUUGUCAUUCUGCAGUUCCAAUGUCAUCCAUCAUUUCUUCUGUGACAGCCCUCCACUUUUUAGGCUCUCAUGUUCAGACACACACCUAAAUGAAAGCAUCUUUUCCACAUUUGCUGGUGUGAAUAUCGUGGGAAGUCUGCUGGUCAUCCUCACCACCUACUCCUACAUUCUCUUUUCUAUCUUCCGUAUGCAUUCAGGGGAAGGGAGGCGCAAAGCCCUCUCAACCUGUGGGUCCCACCUGACAGCUAUAACUCUGUUCUAUGCCACUACCAUCUAUACCUAUCUGAGACCUAGUUCCAGCUACUCCCUGAAUCAGGACAAAGUGGCUUCUGUGUUCUACACGGUGGUGAUCCCCAUGCUGAAUCCUCUGAUCUACAGCCUCAGGAAUAAGGAAGUAAAGAAAGCUUUAUGGAAUGUAACUACCAGGACAAGGAAUUCUACAUUUCUGUGCUUUGUAGUAAUGCCUGAAAUCAGGCAUUACUACAUCAACAUCAACAUGAUGUCCCAAGAGAGGAAAAUAUUUACACCUACUGCAAGUUUAAGCAUACUAUAUGUGCAACUAAUGACCAGAAGAAACCACUCUUCACCGACCGAGUUCAUCCUGUUGGGAUUAGCAGACACAAUGGAGCUACAGAUGGUCCUCUUUUUGCUUUUUCUGGUGAUUUACACACUUACAGUUCUGGGGAAUGUUGGGAUGAUCCUCUUAAUCAGGACUAAUUCCCGACUUCACACACCCAUGUAUUUCUUCCUGGCUAACCUGUCCUUUGUGGAUGUUAGUUACUCCUCCACCAUCACCCCUAAGAUGCUGGUGGAUCUGUUAUCAGAGGAGAAAACCAUCUCCUUUGCUGGCUGCUUUCUGCAACUCUACUUUUUCAUCGCCUUGGCCACAACUGAGUGCAUCCUGUUCGGGUUAAUGGCUUAUGACCGUUAUGUGGCCAUAUGCAACCCUCUACUUUACUCCCUGGUCAUGUCCAGGACUGUCUGCCUCAAAAUGGCAGCAGGGGCUUUUACAGCAGGAUUCUUGAACUCCAUGGUUAACACAAAUUAUGUGAGCAGCUUGUCAUUCUGCAGUUCCAAUGUCAUCCAUCAUUUCUUCUGUGACAGCCCUCCACUUUUUAGGCUCUCAUGUUCAGACACACACCUAAAUGAAAGCAUCUUUUCCACAUUUGCUUGUGUGAAUAUGGUUGGGGCUUUGCUGGUCAUCCUCACCUCCUACUCCUACAUUCUCUUUUCUAUCUUCCGUAUGCAUUCAGGGGAAGGGAGGCGCAAAGCCCUCUCAACCUGUGGGUCCCACCUGACAGCUAUAACUCUGUUCUAUGCCACUGCCAUCUAUACCUAUCUGAGACCUAGUUCCAGCUACUCCCUGGAUCAGGACAAAGUGGCUUCUGUGUUCUACACGGUGGUGAUCCCCAUGCUGAAUCCUCUGAUCUACAGCCUCAGGAAUAAGGAAGUGAAGAAAGCUUUAUGGAAUGUAACUACCAGGACAAGGUUCCCUUCCUUUCUCUGA